AUGGAUGAGCGGCGAGACCUUCGCAAAUUCCCCCGAGGGGAGAGAUGCCCAGAAUGUGGUGCUCGGAAAUGGUACUUGGAGAACGGUCUACGGUUCUGCUCCAAUGGACACCAGGUUGAGGGCUUUGUCCAGUUUGACAUGGGCGAUGAGCAAGACGCUGGCAAGAUGGGAAGCGUCGCCAGGCGCGAGAAGGAGACCAAGGAAAAGGAGCUACGACAUCUCACAGGCCAGGCGGGAAAGAAUCUCUUUCUCGAAUCCUUACAGCUAAUCCUGAGGAACCAACUGCUAUGGCUCAUAAAAGAGAAGGGGCAUCGCGAGGAGCUCGAGACUGUGGUACGCGACCUAUGGGAUCUUCGCACCCGCGGUUCCGGCUCGCUCGUCAUCGACGACGCCCCAACAGCCGAUCUGGAGAUGUUCAGUUCGCAGCCAACAGGCGAUGAGAAGAAUGCUACGUCGACUAAGUCAGCUUCGAGAGCUCAGAGCUGGGACCCGGAGAGGGGGCCAGAUUGGCCUAUGCCCAGGAUGCUCGACACGCUUGCUCUAUGUUACUUGGGAUGCUUACUCCUAAGAAUACCAACAGGGAUCGGAGAGUUAUGUCUAUGGGUCAACAAUGGCCAUAUGCCUUACAAGAGAGCAUUGAGACACUCAUCACAGCCAGAAGUUUACUAUCAGUAA